AUGAGCGCUCACGUGGACACGAACAAGAACGUCAACUGGAUGGACUCGCGGGGCUUCUGGACGUUUUACAUUUUGCUCCUGGCGUCGCUGUACAUGGCGAUGCCGAUUGUUUUUCCUUCCCACGGCGACGCCCUCACGGCGAUGAACGCGAUUCACGGCGCGGUCUCGUUUGGCAUCAUGCACUGGAUCAAAGGCUCACCCGACGACAACUCAAUGGGUGACUACCGUGAACUGACGUUCUACGAACAGAUCGACCAGGGCCACCCCUGGACGAACACCAAGAAGUUCCUCAUGAUGAUUCCCACCUUCUUGUUCCUGGCCGCCUCCGUGGCGACGGACUAUGACGUGCGUCACUUGCUCAUCAAUUUUCCCAUCUGGGCGACACUCAUCCUGGCCAAGCUGCCAGAGCUUGACCGUGUGCGAAUCUUUGGCAUCAACUCGACGGUUGGUAUUGACGACCACAAGAAGAACUGA